GGUUCGGUUCGGUUGGGUGUCGUCAUCGCUUUUGGUUGGUGCAACUUUCUAAACUCGCGAGGUGUUACGAGAACGCGCGAUCGCUAUGCUAAUUAGGAUGAUACCGUUACUGCUUUGGAGCUUCGCAGCGGGCGCCACCGUUGUCGCUGGUGCCGAGGGUCCCGAUUUCAGCUUCGGUGACGCGCGCUUUUCGAUCGAAUACUUUAAGGCAUCAUACAAUGGGUCGAAAAAUUGUGCCGUUUCACCUCUGUCGGUUCGUCUGGUGAUGGCGGCCUUCCUGCAAGCGGCAGAAUCCACCGCCGAAGAAACCCUCGCGCGAGCAUUCUAUCUCCCGCAGCAAAAAGAGCUGGCCAGUGAAAAUGCCGCCAGCUUCUUGAGCGGGGUCAGAGAUAUGCAGCAACUGCAAAUGGUUUAUAAAAUUCUGAAAAAUCCAGAUGCCUUCACGGACGAAUUUGCGGCUGUCUGGGAGAAAGUGUUCAAAACGCUACCGGAAAAUGUUCAAUUCUCCGAAAGAUCGUCAGUCGGGAACGCCGCUAAUGGAUUGAUAGGUAAUUCUGUGAGCGAUAAUUUGCUCGACGCUCGCUCCGAAAUGGCUAUUUUGAGCUCAAUCUCGCUGAAAGCUUCCUGGGCGGAGAAAUUUUCUCCGGCGACGACCGAUCGUCAAAUAUUUACCUUCCGGGAUGGCACACAACGCAACGUGCAAAUGAUGCACAAAACUAUCGAGGUGCUGUACAAAGCCGACAGCACUUUCCGUGUCGUUCAGAUACCUUACAGCGAGGAGAGUGAUUUGUCCAUGUGGGUCCUAAUUCCCCGAAGGCCUGGCAGUUUCAAAUCGUUGAUGGGUGCCCUUUCGGACGAUCUGCUGGAGGACAUUGAAACGACGGCCAUGCCAACGGUGGUCGAUAUUUCUUUGCCACGGUUCGAAAUACAAACUACUCAUGCUGUGAGAAAGGUCAUCGAGAAGCUCGGCUAUGGUCAACUGUACUGGGCGAAAGAGUUAAGUUUCUUCAAGGGCAGGAAAUCUGCGCUUGGGGAGAUCGUAGAAAGCACUCUACUGCAGGUGGAUGAGGAAGGUACCGAUUCAGCCGCUGUUCAGCCUACGCUGGCAAAAGAUCGAACGGACAACAUCCAGUUCAACGUAAAUCAACCAUUUAUCUUCAUUAUUAAAAAAAUUUCUACCGAUACAAUCGUUCUGGUUGGUCAUUACUCAAACUACGAAUAGUGUAAUAUUUAUCAAUAAAAUAUUUAUUUCGAAA